AGAUCGCGGCGGGAGCAAUUGGCGAGGGAUUUCUCCCAGCGGGACGGCGAUACCGUGACGCCCGACAGUGAGGGAUCAUCGGGGUCCUUGCUCCCAACGGGGGGUUUACGAUCCUCCCGUGGGGAGCACGACCCGCGUGGCGGCUCUGAUUUUCCUACGCAUGCCACGUCAGCGGCACCCUUGGUGGACUCAACCGUUCUGUCCGCUAUUUGUGCGGCUGUCGUGUCGGCAGUGGCGCCCUUGUUAUCCCCCGUACCCGGGGGACUUGGGCGGUCCUCCACUUCUUUGGCAGAUAGCAUUGCGCAUGCUCUUGCCCCGCUUCUGUCCUCUGGCGCGACGGUUCCCCCGCCUGCCCCGCUCCCGGCUGCGGCAAACCCGGUGGAGGAGCGGGAAAACCAUGUCUCUUUUGUCCCCCCAGCCGCGGACGUCAGGAGAGAAAUGGAGCCUGUCGGUGCAUCCGCGAGUCGACCAGUGGCCGUCGGGACUGACGGCGUUCCCUCUCGUGCAGGUCAUCCACCCGGAUUGGAGGAGUUAGCACACAGAUCGUUGGCCCCUGCUACGUUUGCGGCCUAUCGUGCCGCCUGGGAACGGUGGAGUCGCUUCCUCCUGGAGCGAGGCCAGAGUGGUAAGACCUCUCACACUUUACUCUUAGAAUAUAUCUGGAUGCUGUACUCCGACGGGAUCUCGCGGGCGUCUGUUAACAGGAUUCUGGCGGGUAUAUCAUACUUUCUGCAGCUGCGGGGGGAAGCGGAUUUUACGAAGUCCUUUUUCCUCCGGCGGGUGUUGAAAGGUUGGGCUCGGGCGUCCCCGCCCCUCCCAGAUACUCGUCUGCCGAUCACGGGUGCUUUGCUGCGGCGGAUUUUGGGAUCCCUCCGGAGUAUUUGCUCCUCGGGAUACGAAGUUCGCCUCUUCAGGGCGGCCUUUACGAUGGCCUUCCACGGCGCGUUCAGGGUGGGCGAGCUGGUGGCCGUCUCUCGGACUUCUGCCUCGCCCAUGCUGGCGGCCCACGUCGUCCUACGCCCCGACGGUUUGUGGUGCAGGAUUCAGCGCUCCAAGACUGACGUAGCCGGCAGGGGGCAGUGGGUUCGAAUGGGCCGGGCCGGGUCGCGGGGCAUUUGUCCGGUUGCCGCGGCCCUGGCUUAUUCGUCCCUUCGGCCUCCAACGCCCACUGGGUGGCUCGUCCAUAGCGAUGGUUCCCCGUUGACCAGAUAUCAAUUCCGGUCGGUUUUGGGGCGUUGUAUCUUGUACCUGGGUCUAUCUCCGGCCGACUAUGGGACUCACUCUUUCCGCAUCGGCGCGGCUUCAGCAGCUGCUGCGGCGGGUUGGUCCGAAGUCGAAGUCCGGGCACUGGGUAGGUGGAGGUCUGGUGCAGUCAGACGCUAUAUCAGGCCUUUUCCUCCCAGUGCACCCAUUUGAGGACUAGCCGCUCGUCGCAACUGCAUUUUGCGGUUGUGGGGGCCUUGAGGAAUUUUUGUUUUAACGUUGGUUUUACUACGG